AUGUUGUUCACAGAACUAGAAAGAUUUUUCAGAACAUAUUCUGUCAUCUUUUCAUCGGCAGGCUACAUCCUGCAGUACUCAGAGGAUAACAGCGAGCAGUGGGGCAGUUUUCCCAUCAGUCCCAGCGAGCGUUUGUACCGUCUGGAGAAUUUAAAGUGUGGCACCUGGUAUAAAUUCACCUUGACCGCCCAGAACGCUGUUGGGCCAGGCCGAAUUAGUGAGAUCAUUGAAGCUAAAACACACGGGAAAGAACCGCAGUUUGCCAAAGAACAUGAACUCUUCACCAGCAUCAACUCUUCCCGCGCCAGACUUAAUCUGGUUGGCUGGAACAACGGCGGCUGUCCGAUCACCUCCUUCAUACUGGAGUACAAAGCUGUGGACUCGGCCACCUGGACCACAGCUCAGCGCACGUCGCUGACCAAGAGCUACAUCCUGUACGACCUGCAGGAAGCCACCUGGUACGACUUGCAAAUGAAGGUCAUCAACAGUGCCGGCUCGGCGGAAAAGAAGCUCACCUUUGCCACUUUGAGCGCAGAUGGAA